AUGAUCUGCAUUUCCUCAGCCACCCCAACUCUUGAUUGUGGUUCUUGUGGCAGACCAAAGCACAAACACCCUAAGACUCCUAAGACUCCUAAAGGUCCCAUUAUACUCCCUCCUCUGCCAGUUCCUCCAAUUGUUAAGCCACCAGUCACCCUCCCUCCACUGCCAGUUCCUCCAAUUGUUAAGCCACCAGUGACACUCCCUCCCGUGACUCUUCCUCCUGUCACGGUUCCUCCAGUGACUACAAAGCCACCAAAGGGAAAGCCAUGCCCACCACCUCCAUCAAACAAGGAUACAUGCCCUAUUGAUACACUAAAACUCGGAGCUUGUGUCGAUCUUCUUGGUGGGUUAGUGCACAUUGGCCUUGGUGAUCCAGUUGUGAACCAGUGCUGCCCAGUUCUUAAAGGACUUGUUGAACUUGAAGCUGCAGUCUGCUUGUGCACCACUCUCAAAAUCAAGGCUCUUAACCUCAAUAUCUUUGUCCCACUUGCUCUUCAACUCCUUGUUACUUGUGGGAAGACACCACCUCCUGGUUACACUUGCUCUCUCUAA